AUGGAGUUAUGGAUGGAGAUAAACAAGAUUAACGGAUCUGUCCCAAUCUCCAUAUUCAAUAUCUCGUCGCUGCAAAUUUUGUCACUGGCGGUGAACAAUCUUAAUGGAUUCUUACCACGCGAUAUUGGCAACUUAACCAAGAUGAAAUUUUUAUAUCUUCAAGAAAAUAGGUUUACCGGUGAAAUUCCUAACAAAAUAAGCAAUCUCGUUGUGUUGGAGAAACUUAAUCUUCAAUUUAAUAGUUUUAGUGGUUCACUUGAAAUGGAGACCUUCAACAUAUCAGGGCUGAGAGUGAUAAGUUUAACAACUCUAUCUCUAUAUUUGAAUCCUUUAAACGGAAUGCUUCCUGCCUCCUCAGGGAACCUUACCACAUCUCUUAGUACAUUUUUAGCCAUCAGUUGUAAAAUCCAAGGGCGAAUUCCAGAUGAAGUUGGGAACUUAAGCAGCUUAUUAGACCUUGAUCUUUCUGGAAACAACUUGGCUGGAUCAAUUCCCAUGUCGAUCGGCAACUUGAGAAACUUGCAGGGCUUGUUCUUGAGUAGUAAUAAACUUACAGGAUCUAUCGUUGAUAAUAUAUGUAAAUUGCAGCGCUUGGAUGUCAUCAACUUGACUCAAAAUCAACUUUCAGGUUCUCUUCCUAGUUGUUUAGGAAAGGUUACUUCCCUUAGAGAGAUACAUCUCGGUUCCAACAAAUUGAGUUCCAAUAAACCACCAAGAUUAGGGAACCUUCAUGAUCUAGUGGUUCUUGACUUAUCGUCAAACAACAUGGUAGGUUCUUUACCUCGAGAAAUUGGAAAUCUAAAGGCUGCGACACUGAUAGAUCUAUCGAUGAAUCAAUUCUCAAAUGAAAUUCCAAGAGAAAUUGGAGGGUUGCAAAAUUUGGCACACCUUUCUCUGAGACACAACAAGUUGCAAGGAUCAAUACCUGACUCAAUGAGCAACAUGGUAGGUUUGGAAUUCCUAGACCUUUCUUACAAUAAUAUAUCUGGAACUAUUCCCAAGUCAUUGGAGAAACUUCAAAACUUGAAGUAUUUCAAUGUUUCUGUCAACAAAUUGUAUGGUGGAGUACCCUCCGAGGGUCCUUUCAAGAACCUUUCGAGUCAGUUUUUCAUCAACAAUGAAGCAUUGUGUGGUUCUUCAAGAAAGCAUUGUGUGGAUCUUCAAGAUUUAGUGUCCCGCCAUGCCCCACUUCAUCAAAGCACAGAUCAAAUAGGAAAAAAUUGCUAG